UGGAGGUGGGGGAGGCGGUGGCUAUAAUGCACCUCCAAGCGAAUAUCCUUACAUGGCUGCUUUGGGUUAUGGUGAACCGAAUGAUAUAAAAUGGGGUUGUGGAGGAUCUUUAAUCAGCGAUAACUAUAUUUUGACAGCUGCGCAUUGUAUAGAAACACAACUUGGUAAAUUGAAGUAUAUCCGCGUGGGCUUCGUAAAUUUAGCACGUAAUGCAGUGGGACCUUGGCCUUCAGACUUCACAGCAGCAAACGCAAUUCUUCAUCCAGAUUUUAAACCUCCGUCUGUUUACAAUGAUAUAGCUUUGGUUGAAUUAGAUAGGCCAGUGAGAACAAGCGGAAGCUAUGUUAACAGAGCAUGCCUUCAAACAGAACGUAAUAUAACUGAACCAAACUGGUCUGCACUUGGAUGGGGUGAGACCAGUCAUCAUGGCCCAAUUGCUGAACAUUUGCAAGUGAUGGAACUGCGUGAAGCUAAUCACACCAUAUGUAAAAAAUCGUAUUUGAAUGCUGGUGAAAGGAAACUAGAUCAUGGCGUUGAUGAUGAUUCUCAGUUGUGUGCUGGGAAAGAAAAUGUUGAUACAUGUUUGGGUGAUUCAGGUGGUCCUCUUCAAACAAAGCAUACUAAACACGAGAAGGCUUAUACAAUUAUUGGCAUAACUUCAUUUGGAAAACCGUGUUUAUUAACGAAUAAACCAGGAGUUUAUACGCGGGUUUCACAUUAUGUUGAGUGGAUUGAAAAUAUUGUUUGGCCUGAAAAGGAGUGAAACAAAAAUUUAAAAAACUACAAACUUGCAAAAUUGGGUUUUCAUAUUGCGGUUCUGUAAAAGUGUAAAAGUGAUCAGAAUAAAAUUAAUACCUAAAUUACAAGAUGAACAGUAAAA